UUUUAUUUUGACGGGUGGCAUUACGGAAGCCAAGGCACCGUGCUCCGUUUAAAAGUUGCUGUUGAGAAUUUAUAAUUUCCCUUUUUUAAUGACGCUUCUGGAGGGAGAUCUGUGUUUGUUAUAACCAUGUCAGAGGAAGUUCUGCUGGCUCGUGUGAAGGCUUUGGAAGAGGAGGUUGAGAGACUGAAAGCUCAGCUGAAAGUAGAGAGAGACGGAGCUGGGACAGAAGAGAAGACUCAUCAAACAUCAGCCGGUCUCCAAACAGAGAGCCCAAAACAUCAGGAAGCUGAGGAGAACAGAUCCAAACAGAAGAAACGAGCAGAGAGGCCCUUUGACUUCUCUGUCCAUCCUCGCAGACAUGUGGCACUGCGGCUGGCGUAUCUCGGCUGGCAAUACCAAGGCUUCGCUGUCCAGGAAAACACAGACAACACAGUCGAAGCUCGGCUUUUCGAGGCGCUGCUGAAGACUAAACUGAUCCAGGACAGACAGACGUCUAACUAUCACCGCUGCGGCCGCACAGAUAAAGGAGUCAGUGCUUUCUCUCAGGUCAUAUCCAUUGAUCUGCGUUCAACGCAGUUUGGAGGAGGUUUAGGUGUGACUGUCCCAGCCGACGUUGAGGUCAAAGCCAAGGCGUCUGCAGAAGAAUUACCCUACGUGAAGAUAUUAAAUCGAGUCCUGCCACAGGACAUUAGGAUCCUGCAAUGGACUCCUGUAGAAACCGGCUUCAGCGCGCGUUUCGACUGCCAGUCCAGAACAUACAGAUACUACUUCCCUCGAGGAGAUUUAGAUGUGGAUCUCAUGGCAGAGGCUGCGAAACGGUAUGAGGGAACGCAUGACUUCAGGAAUAUCUGUAAGAUGGAUGUAGGUAACGGAGUCUUGCAGUUUCAAAGGACCAUCUUGUCUGCAACCGUCCAGCCGGCCCAACUCAACUCCACCUGCACUAAUGACCCACACCAACUCUAUGUCUUCCAGGUCAAAGGUCUUGCUUUCCUCUAUCACCAGGUUCGCUGCAUGAUGGCUUUGCUGCUGCUUAUUGGACAAAAGCUCGAAGCUCCAGAAAUCAUUGACCAGCUGCUGGAUGUGGAGAAAAACCCAAGGAAACCUCAAUACAGUAUGGCGGUGGAUUACCCUUUGGUGCUGUAUGACUGUCACUUCGAGGGUGUGGAUUGGAUAAAUGAAACGGAGGAGGAAAACCAUGUCCUGAAUUCUCUGCACCAACACUGGGUUCAGAACGCAGUUAAAACCCAAGUUCUUCUUGGCAUGAUCCAAGGCCUUCAGAAAACAAACACAGAGAUGACAUCUCUACAGUGUUGGCUCAUGGAGGGCUCUCGGCAGAAGAAGUACCAGCCUCUUCUAGACCGGCCGCGCUGUGAGAGUUUGGAGUCCAGGAUCCAGCACUUCGUGAAGAGAGGAAGACUGGAGCAGGAAGAAGGAGAGAAUGGAGAGGAGACGACCGUUUUUAGAGGGAAAAGAUCAAAACAUUCCCAUCUGACAACAACAAGCCAAAUGCAGGAGCAAAACCAUGGAGCAAAAACCGAGGAUUGACCUAUUAAUGUACUGUUAUGAACUUUUAUGUUUUCUGCUUUGCUUUUAAAUAAUUUGAAGGCAGAACAAAGGUUUUUUUUUUUUUACUUUGUUCUCUUAGCAGCACAAUUACCUAAUUUGCUGUUGUGCUGAAGAAAGACUUUUAUUAAAAGAUUGCUCCAUGUAUUCUGAUCAUGUGUGAUUUUGAAAUUGUCAUUACCAAUUUUGAAACUACACAAAACACACAAAAAAUUGUAUCCUCUAUUAUUUAUUGGAAAACAAAGAGCAAUGGCGCUACAUGCGUGAAUACAGUUUUAAUAUGUUGAUGUUGUUUUGCCAUAACCUUACGGGUAGAGCAAUAUUUACUGAAUAAUGUUAGUUUUUAAUGGUUAGAUUUCUGAACAAGCCAACAUGAGACCCCUUAGGUUUUAAAAUUAAUAGAGAUGUUAAAUGUACAUUAAAUCAAAUA